AUGCUCUUUGAAAAUGAUCUAGAAGUUGUUCUUCUUGGUCAAGAUGCUGUUAAAACAGCAGAUCAAGUCAAAGAAGACACGAAAAAUAUAGAGAAGAAAAAUAAGAACUUUCCUGUAUGGGCUAUUGCUGUCAUUGUUGUUGCAUCUGUUUUUGUUCUUGUUAUUAUCAUUGUCGUUGUUAUUAUUUGUGUUAAGAAAUCGGGCCGCGUUUAUGGCUCAGAUUAA